AUGUCAGACGAAGUUAAAUGUCUAAAAUGCGACAAAAGCUUCGCUUGCCAAAGGUAUCUUUUUGAAAGUUUCGUUCGAGUUUUUUACUCUUUAGGUACCUCACAAAACACAUCAAGCGAGCACAUCAAUUCAAAGAAAGAAAGCGCGAGAAAAAUCCUGGUGACGUCACUUGCUCCAUUUGUUCGAAGGUGAAAUGAUUUUCUCACUCAAUUUUUCUGUUUUUUUACCAAUUUGAAAGACAAAACGUAUCGAAAUUUUGUAGAGAAAAGUAUUCUGAUCAAUUUUGAUAAUAUAUAAUAUUUGAUAUAGUGUCAGAGUUUUGAUGAUCGAACUUGUAAAUUCCGCUUCACUUUCCAGCAAUUUCGUAAUAUUUCUCACCUCCGACGUCACCAACUCACGCACUGGGAUCUGCGCGAAUGGGGCUGUCCUUUCUGCGAAGAUUCUUUCGUUCAGAAAGCGAGUUCCCACCCAAAAGUUUUGCGAACUUUUUUGUCCAGGCUCACGUUCUUCGACAUAUUGCCAGAAAACACAACGAUGAGCAAAAAGAUAAGAACAUUGAAAAGCUGGUUGUCGCUAAUCGACGUCUAUUUGAAGGUUUUUCGACUUCACCUUUGAGAUUUUUCAAGCGUAUAUAAUUAUUUGUUCCUUCACAUACUUUUUAGUCGAAAAUUUUUCCCGACUCAAUUUUUCUGUAUUUCAUCUAGGUUCAUAUACUAUUAUAUUGAAAAAAAAGCAAUUGGGCACGAUUCACUCAUUAAAAGCGAAAAAAAACUCAAAAAUGUUUAUCAAAACGGUCUCAGAUAAUAAUGUUUUAAAGAACACGAGAAGAAGAACCUGAAAACAGAGGAAAAGCCAGCAGUAAAAGAAGAAGAAGAAGUGCCAGAAGAAGAGGAAGAAGAGCCGCCGGAACCGGCCAACCUGUACAUCUCGCGUUACCUGUGCAUAAGUUGCGGGAAAACGUUCCAGACGAGAUCGGACCUCCAUCGUCAUCGAAAAGUACUUGAAGAAAAUCUGAGAAAGGAACAGGAAAGUAAAGGAAGUUUCAGAACUCGCACUGCAUUCUCAAGUGCAAAAGGUGCUACGAAAUCGUGCACGGACUGAUGGAGAAGCGCAGACACGAAAUGAGCUGUCGCAGCGGCUGCCACAUUUGCGGCAAGUGCCAGGCUCGUUUCCACAGACCCGCCGAUUUGAAGUUCGUUUUGAUCAAGAACGAAUAACUUCUUUCCCGUGAGAACUGUCACAAUGGUUCAUGAAUAGGAUGAACACGAACCAACCAGAUUUUUUUUUCCAAAAUUAAGUCUUCCGAAGUUGAAAAAAUGAAUAAUCUUCAGAUCGCAUAUGAUAACAUGUCUGAAGAUGGUUUUGUUCGAGUGUGUGGCCUGCAAGGAACGUUUCAAGCAGCGAAACCAAGUAAACGUUUCAAAGAAUCAGCAAAACUAACGAUUCAGUUGAGGUGGAUAGACAUAUGAAGAAGCUUCACUUCAGUAAUCGUCGUUGCGAUUCUUGUGAUUUCGAAGCGACCAAGCCUCUCGAGAAGGCGAAGCAUUACAAUGAAAAACAUCAGAAGAUUAUGUCAGACUCGAAAAUAAGACAAUAACAAGUUUUUAAUUUUAGUUGCGGCUACUGUGAUAUGGAGUGUCCCGAGAAAGACCACGUCGAAUUGAUUCAUUGGAGGAAGCUCAAAAGGCCCGCUUAUUCUCAAAUGUGAGUUGUCAACCAAAAUAAGCGGCUAAGGAAAAUAAGCCGUUGGAAGCCCUCAUGAUCUUGCAAAGCAAAAAGUUAAGUUGGAUUUUUUGACAAUUUAUUUUCAAGAAAAGCGCUAAAAUAUUGGGAUAACCUUGGCGCGGACUUACAACGGCAUGAACUUUUUUUUGUUUCUUUUCUGUCACUUGAAAUUCUACCCUUGUUAAUUGUUUGAGCUAAAUUUUCAUAUUCCAAUCGCCACAAACUGCAUUCUCGGCGCUCUCUUUUCUCUCGAAUAUUCUCCCCUUUUCAAAUAAUAUUUUAGUUUUUUUCUAUAAUGCUUUCGGUUCUGGAAAAAGAAGGCGUAGGCGAGUCAUUCUGUUUCAAGUCCAUCUAAAUAUGCUAAAAUGGGUUCAAAAAUCGAGCUACUUUGUCGAUAAAACCAACUUCUAAUGAAUCAUCAAGAUACAUUGAUAAAUUUUUUCUUUCAGCCCGGUCGAGAUAAUUGACGAAAGUCAUUCUAAUGAGGCGGAAGAGAGUGCACGUGUUUCUACGGAAACAACUCAUUUGCCGGCUAAUCCGGUCAUACGCGCCACUAAUGAGCCUGGUUAGGGCUUCCUUCAUUUGUUAUUAAAGUUAUAAAAGUGUUUGAAGAGAGUUUCUUUCUCGGGGAUAUGAUUCACGUUCGAAAUGAAAAGUUUCAGAAAAUGGUCAAGCCGCGAUCAGCUCGAAAGAGGAGAAUGAACCGUCGUCUUCUAGUGUUUUAGUAGAUACCGACAUACCUCUAGAUCAAAUUUUGGAACUGGCUGUGGAACUCGGGAACCUGCAAGGUUUGCCAGAUUUUUUUUAGAUUAGAAGGGGUCUUUGACUAUGUGGUUCAACUAUCAAAGGUGGAAACGGCUUUAAAAUUUUCUUUAGAUUGAAAAAAACUGUUUGGAGUUCAACCAUAAGCGCAAAAAGCUCGUUUCUCCACUCAUUUCUUUUCGAAAUCAGACACAUCUUGUUGCUUUUUUCCAUUAUCUUUUCUAAAGGAGGUCAUUUUUGUGCUUGAGGUUUAGAUGUUUCCGAAAGUUUGGCCUGAAAUUCUUUGACUGUCUAUAAUAGGGAUUUAUCAAAUUCCCCCAUACGUAACCGUUUAUUUGUACAUUUGCUCGUCAUUCUGAAUCAGGUUGAUUUUUUAGACUUUUAUUGUCUGGACUUCGGGGAAACAACGGAAGAAGAAGUUUUUCUGAACAUAGUCUUGCCGAUACCGGACGGCGUCCGGGCGUUGUCACUGAGAGGACGUCUUCCGGCGGAAUUGGUCGCUUUGUUCCCGAUUCUGGAUGAAACUGGUAACUUUUUCUAUUUUUGUUCCGUCCUACAGUUUUUCUCCACAGUUAUCGCAUUGCUCGAGGAAAUCUCCGGGGCGAAUCAAUUUCUGUCUGUCCUGGUCCCAGUAGACCUUCCUCCCAACGUCGACGCCUCCAAAUGGCUUUCCGCCCCUAUUUACAUAUAA